AACGUGGGUGAAUUUGGAACUGAUAAGGUAGUUUUGAUCGUUGUUAUAUAAAGCAGAUUGUGAUGAUUUUUUUCUCUACUGUCAUCUACUUUGUUAGCAGGCUUUCACGCUUUAGGUUUCUUCCAGCUCCGGCAGCAAUUUAUUUUGCUUCCAGGUCCGUCUCCCGCCUUCCAUCUUUUCUGCUUCUUUUAAGAUGUCUGGUCUCUAGAGUUUGAGAUUAAAGAACACCAACAAGUCUGUCUGUGUUUCCCUCUCCUGGGUGUCUCGUAGUUUGAUUUGCAGUUGAUUCUGGUAAAGGGAAGGAUAGAACUUUAGUAGCUGAACUUCUGAUACUAACAUGGCUUGGAAAUUGAGGGUAAACCAGAUAAAACGCGUGAGGUCCAUGGCCGAGACAGCUGCUGGGAAGAAGCUUAUCCGCGUGGAUGUGAGUUCUGACACUAUAUGCCCAUGGUGUCUUGUGGGGAAGAGAAACCUGGACAAAGCUAUAGCUGCCUCUACUGACAGAUUUGAUUUUGAGAUCAGAUGGCACCCUUUCUUCCUCAAUCCCUCUGCACCUAAAGAAGGGAUGAACAAACUGCAAUUUUACAAGGACAAGUUUGGGCCUCAACUUGAUGGAGUUGUAGCACGGAUGACUGAGGUCUUUAGAGGCCUUGGUCUGAACUAUAACCUGUCCGGCCUCACGGGAAACACUCUAGACAGCCACAGGCUUAUAUAUUAUGCUGGAAAGCAGGGUUCUGAUAAGCAACAUAACCUUGUUGAGGAGCUGUUCCUUGGCUACUUCACUCAGGCUAAGUACAUUGGAGAUAGGUAAAGUUCAACUUUCUAUGUGGUCCAGCAAGCCUUAUUUCGUCACCGACUGUAUAGACUUCAUUCACAGUUCUAACAUGAGAUUCAUGGCGAUCUUAGGUGCAUUUUCAUUUAUAUAUUUACCAUGAAUCCUGUUUGCUCUUUUGUGUCUAUGCUUCAAUCGACUUACUUUGCACCUGCACAAAUAAUAUUUUCGAUGUUGCUUGUCUGUGACCAAGUAAAGUUAGAUCACCUAGAGUGAGACUUCAGUUUGUAUAUAGUUGUAUAAAUUGGGGUUUGCAAUUGAUCAGAAUCAAACAAUACAGGGAACACAAGAGUGUAUGUAGUUCUUUUUUCCCCUCUAUUGCUUAUCUACCAACGCAAUCAAUGUUGGCAGAGAAUUUCUUUUGGAAUGUGCUCAGAAGGUUGGCCUAGAAGGUGCAGCAGAAUUUCUCGAUGAUCCCAAUAAUGGGCUCCAAGAGGUAAUGGAAGAGCUCAACAACUACUCCUCAAACAUUAACGGAGUCCCAUACUACGUGCUGAAUGGGAAAGUCAAGCUGAGUGGUGGUCAGCCACCAGAGGCAUUCCUGAGAGCUUUUGAGGCUGCUGCAAAUUGAUGAGCUGAAAUUACAUCCCCUGACAAGAGUCUAUGUAUGUAUGUGUGUUAUCAAUAAAGGAGCUAUAUAUAACGCUCGAAUUCAGCCACGCAUAGAAUUCUAUUCAUGUGCUAGCUAUGAAUAAAGGACCUACACCUACAUAUAAUUGUGGGUAAUAAUGAGAGAUCGUGAUCCUGUCCGAGUUCAUGUGCUUAAGCCUUAAUGUAUGAACACAGUGAUCCCUCUCCAACAGGGAAUUUCCUUCUUUUGUUUGUUUGAUGAAUAAAUGGAAAGGAAUACUGGUGUUUGUGUUCAUACCCUGCUUCUGUAAUAGUCAGGGACAUGAAAAGGUGAGACAUAUCCUGAUGUAUAAAUGCAAUCAGAUAAGCACUUAAGCAGUCUUUGACACUCAAGAAUAAAAAGUCUUCCAGUUAUGGGGGCUGAAAAAGUCAAGCUUGGCACCAAACACGUCCUUACAUAGAGGAAAACGCAUGUUCUCCUUCUCAUUCUGCUCUUUAUGAUAUUCCUGCUGCCUUGCCUCCAGAGAGGUCUAAACUCUUUUUCCAGAUCGCCAUGGCUACCAACUCCGGGAAGAAGCUGAUAAGAAUUGAUAAUUGAUAUAAGUUCAGACACUGUAUGUCCAUGGUGCUUUGUUGGCAAGAAAAACUUGGACAAAGCCAAAGCUGCCUCUAGUAACAGAUUUGAGUUUGAGAUUAGAUGGCAUCCAUUUCAGCUGUAUCCUGAUGCCCCAAAGCAAGGAGUGAACUUGUUACAGUUCUACAGAGGAAGGUUUGGAGGCGGAAUCGAUGGAAUGAUGGCUCGCAUGUCUGAGAUCUUCAGGGGACUUGGCAUGAACUAUGACGUUUCCGGGCUAACGGGAAGUAGUAUGGAUAGCCACAGGCUGAUGUAUUUAGCAGGUGAGCAAGGGCUUGACAAACAGCACAAGCUUGCUGAGGAACUCUUCCUUGGAAACUUCACACAGGCCAAGUACAUUGGAGACAGAGAAUUCCUGCUCCAAUGUGCUGAGAAGAUUGGAUUAGAAGGCGCAGCUGAGUUUCUCGAUGACCCCAAUGCUGGACUGAAACAGGUAAAUGAGGAUCUGGAAAAGACGGUGGUUAGAGGAGUGCCCUACUAUGUGAUUAACGGGAAGCACAAGUUGAGUGGAGCACAGCCCCCAGAAGGUUUCUUGCGUGCUUUUGAAGUUAUUGCCAAACAAUAAUCCUGCAACCAGAUUGCUAGCUGUUUCCUUGGUACUUCUUUUCUUAUUUCAGAAACCAGAAUUGACAGUUAAUAAAUGAAACGUUGGGGCUGCAUUCGUGCUCUUCUGAUAUGCUUAUGGCCCUCCUUUGCCCUUUUGUUCUCUUGUGUGAUCAUCGCUUAUGCUGCAAAGUUUAGAGCUCUCAAGCUGCCAAUCCAAGCAGAGAGUUGGAUUCAACAGUCGUACUUUGGCCUCCAUUGAAGAGGUACAUUAGAGCUGUGUGUAAUGCAAGUUGGAGAGAAAGGACAUACACAAGCCAUCACUACCCCACCCAACCACCCACUCCCACCAUUGAUGCAAGUGUUUGGAAAAAAAAGUAGUGAUGGGUGAUGGGUCAACUGCCAGAGUGGGGGCCUUAACUGGAAUUUUGUGGAUUGAAGUUACUUUUAUCACUUUUCAAAGCCACCAAACUGCUUGAGUUCGACCCAUAUGUUUCCAUUUGCACUAGUAUGUUAAUAUGCGAGGUAAAAUAUCUCGGGUACCCCU